UCUUGUCUGCAGGUCCAAGUAGUUCGUUUCGUGAGUUAUCCAAAGUUGCGCCGCAAAGAUGAGUACCGCUAAUCGCUACCAACACAUCAAGUCAACUAAGCCUGUUGUAGGCAAAGCAAGAAAAUUGAAGGAUCUCAUGAUAAAAAGUGACAAUAGGAUAUGUGCUGACUGUGGUGCACCUGAUCCCAAAUGGGCAUCUGCUAAUAUUGGAGUGUUUCUUUGCUUAAAAUGUGGAGAUGUUCAUAGGGCACUUGGACCUGACAUCUCAAAGGUUUUAUCUGUAACUUUGGAUGAUUGGUCUGAUAGUGAUAUCGACUCCAUGGUUGAGGUUGGUGGAAACUCACAUGCAAAUUCAAUUUAUGAGGCUUUUCUUCCAAAAGAUCACCUAAAACCCAAACCAGAUUCAACGAUGGAAUAUAUGACAAAAAUUAUAAGGUCUGCUAACUGUUCCAUCGGUGCUCUGUAA